AGGUGGAACGAGGAGAUGGCGGCAGCCGAAAUUGAGACGUAAAUGCAUCUUCCCGCGCUUUUCCGAGCUUGUUGUUACUGAACCAGGAAGUGGAAGGCAGCGCGGCGCUCUUCACGACAGACCAUAACUGAGAAACGAGCCAUGUCGCUCUCUCUCUCGCUCUCUCUCUCUCCGUUCCACCUUAAGAGCAGCUUUAGCAGCCUGUCCUGUUUGUGUUGAAGCCAACAGGCACAAUAUAUUACAGUCUCUAGGGCUUGCUGCUGAAAAUCCUGCUGGAUCCUCCACUCACCUGCUCUUCUUUCCUGUUUUCCCCUCGUUCUUUUUUUUUUUUUUACUUCCCAUCAUAUUUAAAAAAAACAAAGCUCACUCACUCUCUGUCCUCCUCAUCCCUCCUCUUCCAUUCUGCAGCAGCGUGUCACAGAGGAGGAAGCCCAAGCUAGAAGAGGGAGACCAUCCAUCUGUGUGUUUAUGUUUCUGUCAGUGGACGGCCGGGUGAAGAAGGGCCACCGAGAGACGUGAGGAACAAGAGGGGGGGGGAGACGACCGCGAAAAAGAAGAGAAGGAGAGAGGAUGUAAUUGUCACGUUUGGAUCUUGACUGAUCGCAGCAGGAGGACGACUUGAUAAGAGGAGAGCGUGGAAACUAAGUCUUGUGUGUUCUCAUGACAGUGUUGGAUACGAGCGCAUUGGAUUGACUUUGCAAAAAGACGACAAAGAAGUGGACUUUGUGAACCAGUGGAGGGCAGAGGAGUGGAGGGCCAGGGGACUAACCUGGCCAUCAAACGGACUGGAAGCCUCUCCUCUCCUGGGAUCAUGUACCCUCAGGGCAGGCAUCCGGUCCCCUUGCAACCUGGCCAGUCUUUCAAGUUCACCGUCCUGGAAACUCUGGACCGCAUCAAGGAGGAAUUCCAGUUCCUCCAGGCCCAGUAUCACAGCCUCAAGCUGGAGUGUGAGAAGCUGGCCAGCGAGAAGACCGAGAUGCAGCGGCACUACAUCAUGUAUUACGAAAUGUCCUACGGACUCAACAUUGAGAUGCACAAACAGGCGGAGAUUGUGAAGCGUCUCAGUGCCAUCUGCGCUCAGAUCAUCCCUUUCCUCUCGCAAGAGCACCAGCAACAGGUGGUGCAAGCAGUGGAGCGGGCCAAGCAGGUCACCAUGGCUGAACUCAACGCCAUCAUCGGGCAGCAGCAGCUCCAGCAUCUGUCCCACCACGCCCCAGGUAUCCCCCUGACGCCGCACCCGUCCGGAUUGUCUCUAGGUGUGGGGGGCUCUGGGCUCCUGGCACUGACAGGGGCCUUGGGGGUGUCCGCCCACCUCGCCGCCAAGGACGAGCGCAACCACCUUGACCCGGAACAUCUCCGAGAGGGAGCACCCAGCAGGAGUAAAUCGGCGUCGUCAACAGACAGUCAGCCCCCGGAGGAGCGUCAGGGGCCAUCGGGCGGUUACGCCUCCUCGCAGGGAGGGGCGGAGGCCAAGAGGAGACGCUGCGAGGACAAAGAGCCCAUCGCGCCGCACUCAUAUGACAGCGAUGGUGAUAAAAGUGAGGACAAUCUGGUGGUGGACGUGUCCAAUGAGGAGCCUAAUUCCCCAGUUGGCACUCCACCUCAUUCUCCCCGUGGGAACGGUUUGGACCGGGCCCCUGCCUUAAGGAAAGAGCUCCCGGGUUCCUCGGGCCCCGCAGAGCCACCCUCCACCCCCAACCCGUGCAGUCCCGCUCCGGGCAAGGCCAAGGAUCCCACACAGACGGACAAGUCCCAGUCGCCCUUGUCCAAGUCCAGCACCCCGUCGCCAUCGCACCGCGAGGCCCUCACCCCGGGAGCGCCCGGUCCCAGCACUUCCUGCCUUCGCCUGGUUAGCAAAGUGGCGUCUGCUGCGGACCCCCUCGCACUCCGCAGCCCCAUGUCUGUGCCGGCCGGUUCGUACCCAGCUCACUUUGGCGUGGUGUCCCACGCAGGGCUCAACGGGGAGCUGGCCAGUCCCGGAGGAUUUGGCGGGGCUCUGACGCUCUCGCCCCAAAUCAGCGCAGCCGCCAGCGCCUACGCUCGAAGCCCCAUGGUGGCUUAUGACUCUCGAUCUCACCUGAGGGCCCCGGGCCUGUCGUCCUCUCUGCCUGGCUCAUCUGGCGGCAAGCCGGCUUAUUCGUUCCACGUGAGCGCAGACGGCCAGAUGCAGCCGGUGCCCUUUCCUCCCGACGCACUGCUGGGCCCGGGCAUCCCUCGCCACGCGCGGCAGAUCCACAGCCUGAGCCACGGCGAGGUGGUGUGCGCUGUCACCAUCAGCACCUCCACGCGCCACGUCUACACAGGGGGCAAAGGCUGCGUCAAGGUCUGGGACAUCAGCCAGCCGGGCAGCAAGAGUCCCAUGGCGCAGCUCGACUGCCUGAACCGCGAUAACUACAUCCGCUCCUGUAAGAUCCUACCCGACGGGCGCACGUUGAUCGUGGGCGGCGAGGCCAGCACGCUGUCCAUCUGGGACUUGGCCACGCCCACCCCUCGCAUCAAAGCCGAGCUGACGUCAUCGGCGCCGGCCUGCUACGCGCUGGCCAUCUCGCCCGACAACAAGGUGUGCUUCUCCUGCUGCAGCGACGGCAACAUCGUCGUCUGGGACCUGCACAACCAGACGCUCGUCAGACAGUUCCAGGGCCACACGGACGGAGCGAGCUGCAUCGACAUCUCCAACGACGGCACCAAGCUGUGGACGGGAGGACUGGACAACACGGUGCGCUGCUGGGACCUGAGGGAGGGACGCCAGCUGCAGCAGCACGACUUCACCUCACAGAUCUUCUCGCUGGGUUACUGUCCGACGGGCGAGUGGCUGGCGGUGGGGAUGGAGAGCAGUAACGUGGAAGUCCUGCACGUGUCCAAGCCCGACAAGUACCAGUUGCACCUUCACGAGAGCUGCGUGCUCUCCCUCAAGUUCGCCUACUGCGGCAAAUGGUUUGUAAGCACAGGCAAAGACAACUUGCUGAAUGCGUGGAGAACCCCGUACGGAGCCAGCAUCUUUCAGUCCAAGGAGUCAUCGUCGGUAUUGAGCUGCGACGUGUCCCCGGACGACAAGUACAUCGUGACCGGCUCGGGGGACAAGAAGGCCACGGUGUACGAAGUAGUCUACUGAGAUUCUGGUUUCCCUUGACAACCGCUCGCUCAUCCCAUAAUACCGCGGAAGCCUCCCCCUUCCACCUUUACAGCAAGACUGGGCAGUGGAGCAGACAAGAGAAGUCAGACAGAAAUGAAAAGGGAGAUGAGGCACUAUCUAUGGAUGAACCUAAAAUCCACUUUGCUUGAGCGACUAACAGUAAACUGGUUCAGUGUCCAAAAAAUUUGAAUCUUAGUCAGCUUUGCCCAGCUGAUCACAUUUUCAUUUUACAGGCUGCCAUUUUGCUUUUUGUCCUGAGGCAAAAUUUGAAGUAUAAAUGAGCGUCUGCUACAUAACCGCUUGUUUUUUGCCAUUCAUGAAAUGCAACAAACAGUUAAACACGCAAAUACUAAUUGAAAACACGCACAAAGAGCUGCUGUAGGCCACAACUCACAUCUUAAUACUCACGUAGACCAAUUUGACCCAAUCAAACUUGUGAUGAUACUCAACUAGACACAUAUUCAACACGUAAAUUCAGCUGAAGCGGUUCGUGCAUACUAGGUUCAUCCUGAAAUUCUACCCGAAAGCCGAGAGAGCGUGAGCGAGAGAGAAUGUAAAUGCAAAGGAGGCGGCUGCCUAAUGAGGGCUGUUUCCUGAUUAAGAGCUCAGCAGAGCAAGGGUAGCCCCUCACACCUCCCACCCCCAGAGGAGCACUGAUAGAGCGCACCGUCGUUUCAUUAGGCACGCGCACACACGCGCACACAAGGGAAGCUGUAAUGAGGCCCACGCCACGCCGCCGCACGCUCUGCCCGGCGAGAGGUGUCACAAGGCUUGGGAAGCUCCCACGUCACCCGGGGAGGGGGGUUGAGUGGGAGACUCUCCUAUCAGAAAAGACAUAGCCAAUUAAACAGCCUCUUUGCUUAUUAUCUCUGAUUUCCUUCUGACGACGUCUAAUGUGCGCCACUCUGUUCUCCUGUCAGCCAACAGAGGGCCCCACUAGUGUGCUCCCCCCCCCCCCCACACACACACACACACACUAAUGCGCCCCUCACAUUUCCCUUCCGAUAUUACGCAACAAGUUCUGCAUUCAUAUGAUUGCUGAUUUUGUACUUCUUUCAAGGCUAUUCUGUCCACUGUCCUUCAUUUUGAAUGCCUGUCUAUAGUAUUCAAGGUUGCCUGUAACAGAUGUGUCAAAUCUAAAUGUGACUUCUUUUUUUAAGCAAAGGUGAUAGGCAGCAUCAACAAAGCCACUUGCCCUUUUAAAGUACAUUUCAUUGUGUUAAUUUCUUUUCCUGAGCAUCUAGGAAAAUUUUGCACAAAAGAUGUCAUUUCUUCUCACAAUAAUGACUGGAAUUGGGCCACAAUGUGAAAAAUAGAGAAGGCAAGACCGCUAUUGAUGCUACCAAGCACACCAAAGAGAGGAAAUGCAACAAACUGACUGAUUUACAGACUGUAAAUUGUAAAGAUUCAGGUGUGGGCAUAAGGCUUUUGUGCAAUGAUCUAUUAAAUUUUCAUGCGACAACGGUACCAAUCAAUUGGGAACGCAGGCCUGUUGCACUGAUGAUCUUUUUUUUUUUUAAUAGUUUUUAUUUUAGUGGGAAGUGUGGACCAUGUUGAUGCUUUUGCCUUUCUGCCUGUCAGCCACAGCACUAAUUCUUUCCUUAUUACACACACGCAGCUGUAUGUAUGUACAGUACAUGUAUGUUUGAUUACCAUGCAUUCGUUUGUUUUUUCUUGUUACAAUUCACAAGCUGCUGUACAGUUUGCUUUUCUUUAAAAGGCCGAGCAGGCUUUGUCCCACCGUGUUGUCUUUCCUCUCAUGUGCUGUAUAAAUGAACUGAUGCUAAUGUAAAAAUAUGUGCAAAAUAAACAAUGUUCAUGUC